AUGACUUCCAGCAGCCUAUUAGUCGCAGAAACCAUCUGGACAGAAAUCCAAUCGACUCGUUCAGUGACGGAUGAUCAGCUUUCGAUUUUGCAUACUUUAUUUGGUAAAAAUCUGGAAAGGGCAAGCAGGAUAGUUGAUCAACGAGGUGUCAAGAAGAUAUCCGGAGAACCCAGUGGACGCUCCAUAUUCCAGAUUACUGGAGAGUCUAAAAAAAAGGAAGAAUACCUUUGUUUCCCAGAACACUAUUGUGCUUGUUAUUCGUUUUUCUACGACAUUGUCAACAAAAGAGAGCAGCUUUGUUGCAAACAUCAAUUGGCUGCUAGACUUGCUGUGUCAUUGGGUACAUGUGUUGAUGUGAAGGAACAAGUAUGGAGUUGGGAAAAAAAUUGA